AGCUCCCCGCCGCUACUGCCAGGCCUCCUCCAUGUCGUUGUGUUUGCACUGUGUACAGUAUAUAUAGUAAUAUCACGAAGCCCAAGUAAACUCUCUUACACGUACAGCUCCUCGGGCAGCAGACUCUGCUCGUACUACAAUACUCCGUAUUUAGUCUCAGUGGUGUGUCGGUGUGCGCGGCUCUGCGCUCGUCGUCGUCGUCGUCGUCUCGCGUUUACUAUAUACACACACGCAAGUCGCAACACAAAGCAGCGCAGCGCAAAGCAGAGCGAGUCUCUCGCAGUAUCGCUUUCGCAGCAUCAGCCAGCGCAGUGCGAGGCUCGUGUUUACGCGCAGCAUACAAUAUACAUACAGCUCCUCGAGUUUACUUUUCUCUGUAUUAUAAUUUUCACUCCGUGUGUCAGAGGCCAAGACUCGCAAGAAAAUCGGCAAAAUGUGUGGCUGCAUGAGCAUCUGCAUCAUCCUCAUCCUCCUCAUCGCUCUGGCCUGCUACUAUCUCUACAUAACUUACCUUAUGCCCGACGACCAUUCGCACAAGCCUUGAUUCUUCGUACUGUAAGCGAAUAUUCGCUGCACCGCAGCUCCCGCCUUUCUGUUUACAUCGCACGUGAAUCGAGCGUAUCGGACCUGCAACGUGUAACAAUUGUGUAUCCUUCGAUUUCGUGUGCGCGUACGAAUAAGCAUAAAUACAAUUCACCGAUUUCGCGAGUUUAUUCGCGCAAGUGCGUCCACAGAAAUGCAACAAGGAACACAGAAGUGCGUGCGUGUAAACAUCCAGUCUGCCAGGUGCAACCCUCGCGGCUGUCAAAAAAUUUAAUACAGCCACGCGAGCAGCGCUGCGUCAACAGAAUUUCGACAUGUGCGAAAAAAGUGUCUGCAGCAAUAACGUAACAAUAAACAUCAAAAGGAGUGCGUCCUGCAACAAUAGCAGCUCGCAAUUCACAGCUGAAAUCUCGUCUUAGUUCUCAGAACAUAACGCAUGGCCCGCGCCGCCUGUUGCUGAUGGUAUUAAAUUAUAAAAACAAAAAAGACGCGUGCGACGAAAAUCAUACGGGAUUUUAUUUCUCGUUCGGUACACGCGCGCUGCUGUUGUUGUGCAGCUCACCGAACGAGUGUGUAAAUUUGUGCACGCGCGGAAAGAUUGUGUAAUGAGAAAGUAGGUUAAUGAAUGAAUGCAGAGCUGUGUAGCCAGCAUUAUUAUAAGCUUCCAAUUUAGACGAAAAAGCGCCAAAGCAGCAACAACAACAACAGUGUAGCAGACAACAACGGCGUACGGUGUCGGCGCGAGUGUGCGAAAGCGUACUAUGCAGAUUUCAUGCGAAGAUAUUCAAAUUGGAUCGAAGAAUCCGAGCGGAUGGUUGGCGCCGCAGUUCUCCUUUGCGUGGGAGAGUGAUCAAUGGCGAAAGUGCGUGAAUUAGAAAUGCGCACGGGCGGCCCGUCAUCGUUAUCAUUGGCAGCGUCAUGUGACUGCAGGACGGCGACGGCGCCGGUCGCCAUGCCAGCUCUCUAUUUACCCAAGACCGAAGAAGCUGCGAACGAGCGACUGUUGUCCACAACGAUUGGAUCUUUCAAAAGAGAAACAAUCCUAGUCAAGAGAGCUGAUCAGUAGUUACAGAUUGAGCCUAGUUAGUAGGUAGUCAUGGGCAAUACGCGCUCUAGACCAAUAUCGACUUCGACACAGCCGAUCGCUGACCUUACCGAUGAUAAUGCAAUGGGUGUCGGCACGCAAAAGCCGCUUUGCCUGCUGCAACUGCUGCGCCGCUCAUGGCGACUCAUCCUUAGCCCGCCUCUGAGCAAAAGACGGGCAUCAUCCACGGAGGUGGUUAAAGACGAAAGGGAUAACUCGAGAUGCAGUCUCUGCAAAGACUGCGAUCAUCAUCAGCAGGAACUCUUAUUCGACAGCGAAUCCGACAUGGCACCGAAUGCCGAGGAGGAUCUUCUGGUGGCGAUGCAGCCACGCGGUCCACAUUCAGGCAAAGAACGCCUUCGACCACCGACGUACAAUGCCGAGGACUACACUCAAGCUCUGCGACGCUGGGGGCGCCGAGCUUUAGCUAAUCAACAGCAACAGCAUCAUCAACACGAGUCCGGCAAUCAUCAUCCACAUCAUCACCACAAUACUCUGCCGUCGACGUGUACGAGCACAUCGAGCUCCGGCUACGCCUCGGCCGGUAACAACGGCGAGAUGACCUUGAGGCAGUUCACUUCAGUCAGCGAAUUGCUCAACAAGCUUAAAGCCGAUCUCAAGCUUGCUUUUCCAAGUUUCGUGCAAGAAUUCGUAUCGGCACCGGGGGAUGGCAUAUCGCUGUUGCUGGAAACUCUACGAGGCGUACAGCUGUCUCAAUCCACACCACCUUCGGCAACCGGCCCGAGGAGACCCCGAGCUCGUCGAGCCGCCAUGGACGAGUUGGGCUGCGUCGAGUGUCUAGCCGCUUGCGCCGAUCGCUGUCCCGACGCCGGUCGCCUCCUAGCUCAAGCUCAGCCCGGACUUUUGGCUCUGGCCUGCUGCCUCACGAGCAGUCUCAACAGAUCUCGCGUUAUUGCUUUGCAGUUACUCACAAGAGUGUGCCAAUCACAAGGUGGCCACAACGCCGUAUCCGAAGCUGUCUCAACUCUGCGUUUGCGUUUCGGCGAGGGAGGACGAUUUCGUUUUCUCGCAGGGGCACUUUUGGCCCCGAAAGCUGCUCCGGCCCUUCGUCUCGCCGGGAUCUCGUUUCUCAACGCUUUUCUGGCAUCAUCGCCACGAGCACAAACUAAACUCUACAUACAGGCUGAGGCGUGCGAAGCUGGCUUAGAACCACGAGCUCUUCAAGAUUGGUUGAAGUACCUCGACGACGAUGAUCCGGUGAGCGAGUCGUUACGAUCUGAGGUGCGAAAAUGGUCCCGCCACUGUAUCGACGUGGAUGCCCUACAAGGUCGAGCGCGACGAGCCGAGGAGACCUGCCGGGCGCUCAGUAAGAAGGUCAGCGCACUGCAGAGACAACUGCAGCAAUUGCAGCUUGACAAGUUGAAUGAGUACAACAGCCAUCAGCUAAAGCAGCAUCAGCAGCAGAGUACUGAUUUCGAGAAAAGGCAGCAGCAGCCGCUUCAGCAACAACUACAGCAACAUCCACGAAAGGAAACGGAGAAGAAAGUUUUGUCAAGCGCCGAAGACGAGGGUAUCAGCUUUUCCGAACGCUCCAGUAGUCCUGAAGAUCCAGUCACUACUACGACAGUUACGCCAAACAAUCAAAUCCUAGAUAACGAUCAAGAAACGACCAUUGACGACGUGAUCGAGGAGUUACGAAUAAUCGUUAAGGAUGCCGAGGAGGAGUUGCACGAUUGGAAUCAGCUGCAGUGCAGAGAUUCAACCCCAGCUAAGAACGAGUUCGGUAGGAACAGUAUAGUCGCAGUCAAUAGCAAAGGUCCAGCUCCACAGCCAAGCAAAGCUCGACAAAGUCUGAGAAUUUCCGAGGAGAGCGCAAGAUUGGACAGAGUAAUAAAGAACACUUCGGCCAACGCGGCGGGAAGUCUGAAAAUUAUCGUGCCGGGGCCGCAACUUGGUAGAGACACGACUGACGACGAAGACAAGGAAUCGGCAAUAGUACCGGCUAUUAUUCACCCACAACCACCUCGUCGAGCUCCCCCGGUCGCUGGGAUAUUGAGUAACUCGCUUUAUCUAUCUCAUCACUUAGAUGCGUCGCCGAUUCUGCUAGCUACCAACGAUUUGGCCAACAAUUCCGAUCUCAUGUUGUUACACGACGAAGACGAGUAUGGUAGUGAUUCGCUGCUCAGUGCCUCGAGAUUCAAUAAGUCACCCACGCAUCAGAUGCAUCGAAAUGGUCGCCGACCGAGCUCAAGCAGUCAAGAUCAAAAAGUCGAGAAUCUCGCCGACUUUGAGAUCUCGGAGACAAUUUUGGACGAAAGAGUUCCAUCGUUAAGAGAGAGAGAAGAUAUAAUCGGCAACAGUAAUUCGCUUGGCUCCAAAUUACAAUACUCAAAGUGCAGUAGCAAUACGGUUCAACGAAAAACUGAGCGCAGAAAAUAUUUGCGAAGAUGUCAGAGUCAAGAUCACAUAGAAGCUUCAUCCUCGUUGCAUCGUAAUGAGGCUAAAUUGCGUACUGGCGUGCACGACCAUAUACGCAAAUUCGAGAGUAUGAACAGUUUCGAUGAGCGCAGAAGUCUACCAAAUUACGAGGAUAAUAAUCGAUUGCGUCGUAGCGAGUCGUUUCAUCAGACUUACGCAAAAAAUUACACCGACGAUAAUGAGAUUGCUACGUUUAUGUACAAAGAUGGUGACGAUGUCGAAUCUAGAGAUCAUGGCCAACGCUAUAAUUAUAAACGCAGAUCCAUCACCAAAAGUCUUGACAGAAUAGAUGAAGGAUUGGAUUCUAUAGUCGAUGUCGUGGUAAUGCGCGAACGCCAAGAUCACCAUCAGCGCAGACGAUCGUCCGAGUUCGAGGAAAGAGCCAAGGGUGAAGAUAAGUACACCUCGUUCUUCGAUAAGAAACGAGAACGCAGAGACUCGGGUGGUAAGCUACAGAAACAACAUCACGACAACGACUCGCGGCUUUUCGCUGGUAGGCAUCACGAUGUGUUAGGCUUCGGCAAAGCUCGAUUCAAUGCUGGUAUGUACUCGGGUAAUGCCCAUCAGCAACAGCAACAGUUGCCCUUGCAACAGUUCAUGGCAAAAAAUAUUCACCCUCGAGGUCAGACAAACACACCGAAUCAUCACAAUCGAGGAAAAGUUACCGAUGUCAUCUCAGGGCUUUACUGAUAAUUAAUUUUUUGACAAAAAAUUGCUUGUAAAAAGACAAAUGUUGUUUAUAUGAUCAAUAUCUAAUAUCACGUUAAGGGGAUAUAGAAGCUAGCCAAAAUAUCAAAUUUUCAAUUUAGUUUUUUGAAAUUUCUGAACUGAAUAAUUUGCCAAAACACUCUAUGGUGACCUUAAGAAAAUCAAAAUGAAAGUCGCCAUAGAGCCUUUCCGAGAAAUAUUCAGUAGAAGUUUUAGAAAACUGGAUUGAAAUUUUGAUAUUUUGGCUGGCUCUAUGUCUCCUUAAUUGUAAUCUGUAUAGUAAAUAUUUAUAGUUUUCAUUUAUUUUUAUUUUAUAUAUGUUGAAUUAGCGUUCGACUUUGUUUAAUAUAAAAAGCUCAAUUUGAAUUAUUUAAUUGAAAAAUCGAACGAUGUUAAUAUCAUGAAUCAAGUAUUGUUUAGAAUUUUUUUAAUUUAAAUAUCCUUGUUUCGAAAAAUUGUAUAAUAGUUCUAAGAGAGUUUAUUUGAUCUAGUUUUUGUUGGGUGAAGGACAUAACAACCUAUCUUAGAAUAUCAAACUUUGUAAGAACAUUUUUGGAUUUUUAUACAUUUGAAUAAAUAAAAAAAACGAUGUGAAAUAACUCGUCACAACAAUCUUCUAAAAUUUAAAUUUAAUUUAAAUUUAAUAAAUAUUAAAAUAAAAUAUAUUUUUUCGUGAACUUUCUGCUAACCAAAACUGUUUUUGUCCAUACAUUACCCUUGUAAGAUUAUCUUAUUGUUUUAUUCUCAACUGUAAUUCUUGUUUGCUUAUCAAAUUGUAUGUGUUGAUUCAUAAAUAUUAUUUUAUACAUAUUAUUUUAUGAUUGAUGAAUUUGUAUAAGAAAUUUGUGACCAAAUAAAUUGUUAUAAUAACGACUAAAAAGUAA